AUGAAAAUUAUCCAACAUGAGGAUGAUACGGCCAGUCCCGCGAAGGGAUCAUACAAGGAUACUUUGUUGACUAGCCCUGGACUUGAAGAAGACCAGACCACCUCGCUGGACAUGGAUGAUGAUGAUCCCAACCCUGAGGAUAAGUGGUAUAGAAACGAUGAUGACCAAGAAAAUGACGAGAAAUCUUUCAACCCUUGUCCCACAAUUCCUGUACCUAAAGAGGAAUUUGAAGAGUGGUGCAAACCAUGGAAGAAUGCCCUCAUGGUCAAAGUGCUGGGUAAACGUGUCAUGUUUGCGUUUAUGGAACAACGAUUCCACAGAGACUGGGAAAAGAAAGACGAAGAGGACUAUGCACAUGCCCUUAUGGAAGGUCCUUGGAUGAUUGCUGGUCAUUACCUCAUCGUGCAAAGAUGGAGGCCUUUCUUCCUCUCCGGAUCCACAGAGGUUAAAAAGAUCGCUGCCUGGAUUCGCAUCCCAAACCUUCCGAUCGAGCUUUAUAACCACCAUUUUCUCUGGAGGGUUGGCUCAGCCAUUGGACAUAUGCUCAAGGUUGACCGCACUACCUCAAUCCACUCGAGGGGAAAUUUGCCCGGAUAUGUGUUGAGAUUGAUCUGGCUAAACAACUAG